AUGAACUUUUGGUGCUUUCUAAGCGCGAGAAGGUACUGGUUUUCUACAGAAGAUCAUCACUCUCAAAGAAGGCAAAAAGACACAAGUUUCCCAAAAGGCACCAUGGCUCCAGCUACUGUGAUUUGUAUUGGUAUGGCCGGAUCCGGCAAAACCACAUUUAUGCAAAGACUAAACUCCCACCUCCACGCCAAGAAGACCCCGCCAUAUGUGAUUAAUCUUGAUCCAGCGGUUCUAAAAGUACCAUACGGAGCGAAUAUUGAUAUCAGAGACUCGGUGAAAUACAAAAAAGUGAUGGAAGAGUAUAACUUGGGACCAAACGGAGCUAUUGUUACGUCGCUUAAUCUUUUCUCCACCAAGAUCGACCAAGUUAUCAAUCUUGUGGAAAAGAAAUCAGACAAGUUCAAAAACGUCAUCAUUGACACUCCGGGCCAGAUCGAGUGUUUUGUUUGGUCGGCGUCCGGUGCCAUCAUAACGGAGGCAUUUGCUUCCACUUUCCCUACUGUCAUUGCUUACAUCGUGGACACACCCAGAAAUGCUUCUCCUACAACAUUCAUUUCCAAUAUGUUGUACGCCUGCUCAAUCUUGUACAAAACCAAGUUGCCAAUGAUUAUUGUAUUCAACAAAACGGACGUCCAAAGUGCUGAGUUUGCCAAGGAAUGGAUGCAAGACUUUGAGCUGUUCCAGAUGGCUUUGGCUAAAGACCAGGAGUUGAAUGGAGAGUCUGGAUCUUCGUCCGGCUACAUGAGCAGUUUGGUGAGCUCCAUGUCGCUAAUGUUGGAGGAGUUUUACUCCCAGUUGGAUGUCACAAGCUGCAGUGCAUACACAGGCGAAGGAUUCGAUGACUUUUUGAAUGCAGUGGACAAGAAAGUCGAUGAAUACAACGAAUUCUACCUCGCUGAGAGAGAAAGGAUAUUAAAGCAAAAGGCGGAGGACGAAAAGAAGCGUAAAGCCAAAUCUUUGAACAAACUAAUGAAGGAUAUGAAAUUGAAGGACAAGGCUGGCUUGGGCGACUCAGAAGUACUUUCUGACUAUGAGGAGUCUGAAGAAGAAGUCGACGAAAACCUUCAAGGAGAAGUUGACAGAGACGAAGAUGAAGCAGAGAGGGAAUAUACUUUCCCCGAAGAUAGACAAUCGGAACUUUCGAAAACAGAUGAAGAUUUACAAGCACGGUACCAAGCGGCUUUUGAAGCAACCGCAAAGACCGCUUCCUCUAAGACAGCUGAAAGCAUUGCUGAGUACAUUAGGCGCUAG